AUGCAGGUCGAAAACGUUCACAGAGAACUACAAGAAAACAAGAUUGUGCUUGGUAGUAUGGUACAAUAUGUUCAGGAUCAUUUUAGGGAGAUUCAAAGGGGAGUUGGUAAUAAAACUAAUGGUGAUGGUAUAGAGCACAAUUGGCAUAUGCUGAAAGGAUGUAUUGAGUUGCAUUUGAAAAAAAUCUAUAAGUCAGACAAAUCGAAAAAGGAGGGUCAUCUUGGUGAUAUUGAGAACGCGGUGAGGGAGUAUGCUGGGGAGUUUAAAAAAGGACAGUUUAAAUUUAAAGUGGAGGAGUGGACCAAAGAGGUUUUAAAAAAAGGAGGGACUAUAUAUUCGUCAAUCGAUGGCUAUGUUGAAAUUAACAAGGGAAAAUAUUUUCAGAAAUCGGGCACCGAAGCUGAAGAAAGCGUUAUUAAGCAUAUUAGAAAGGUUGUAGAUCCGCAUAUUAACAGUAUUGUUGAGAUCCAUGAUAAGAAAGUUGAGAAGCUUGACGAUGCCGACGUCUCUACGAAUCUAACAAAGAUAAAGGAUUCUAUUGACUCAUUUGCUAGUCAACUUGAAGCUCACAUAAAAUCUUCCAAAUUCAAAAUUUCUAAUAUAGUUACAGAGAUUGAACAAGAGUAUGAGAGGGAUAACACUUUACUGGUUCAAGGUUCAGCUAGGGGAACCCAUGACAAACAGCUUCUCAAUUCUGCCGUAAAAAACAUCGUCAGCGGAGUAGCCGCAAAGGCCCAGAGAGCUGCCGCAGAACUUGAAUGGUUCGUCAAAAAAAUAACUGUUGACAAAAAUAAAUCCAACUCCUCCAUCGCUGCGGAGAUCGACGCUGCCAUUAAGCAGGUCGAAGAGAUUAGCAAGCACAUGAAUGGUUCAGAUAAAUCCAGUCUCGGCAAUAGGAUAACCACCAAAUUUGCGGAAGUGAAAGCAAACAUCGAUUUACUUGGGAACAUAGUAGGAACAACCGGUCAAGAGCUCAAAACUGAAGUCGAUAAGCUCCAAUCGGGUGUUCUUGCUAAGCUUGAAACUCUCAAAAAAUAUGAAAAUGGUACAGGUGAUGAGGUUGUCAUAAAUGAUAAAAAGCAAAAGGCUGAGGAGAAAAUGAAGCAUCUGAGGGAACAACUUGAUGAGAAAAUUAAUUACAUUGGAGAGAAAGUCAACGACGCAGACAGAUCGUUAAAAGGCACCAUUGAUGCCGUCAUUAAUGCCGUGUCUGUAGCCCAAAGACAAUCAAUGAAGUCCGUCCAAGACCUCCAAACAACGCUAAUUCAGAAAGUAAAAGACGUAUUCAACAUCCUAACAAAUCAGGUUCAAGACAUGUUUGCUGACCAAACGAUAGCCCAUUUGACCGCCCUAAAAUCCCUCGUUUCCGCCCAGCUCGCCGAAAUAAAAUCCAUCAUCUCCCGCGACAGAAUCACCGGCCCAAAAGGCCUCUUACGUCUCGUGAAAAUUUCACUGCGAUCCAUAACAUUUGACCAUAAAACAAUGCGUCCCUUAGCCGUCGAAAUCAAAAAAUACUUCGAAGAUUUAUGCCACUAUUUACAAUCUCAAUCCGACAUCACCGACCAAGCUCCCCAAAUCAAGACACUCCACGCCUCCCUGGAUAACGUCUUCGACAAACUGCUCCACCACCAGCACUUCCACCACGCCGUCUCCACGGCGCGGCAGGCCUUCGAAGACGCGCUCCAACAAUUCCCCGCCGACACGUUCCCCGACGCCCCCAAAAGCGUGCUUAAGCCCCUGAAGCAGGGCCUUGAGAAAUUCGCGCAGGAGCUACGCAAGCAGUACGUCAGCAGGUACUCGGGAGCCGCGGAACGCUUUGAGUGGACACAAAGCGUUGAUGAUACAAAACCUCAAGAAACAGUGCCGUCGGAAAAAGCGAUGAAAUGCGCUAAAGUUCUGGUUACUAUUAUGGACGGGGUACAAAAACAUUUGGGCGAUUUAAGUAGAGAAAGUAAUAACAAUAAGACUACGCAAAUUCAUUCCGGUUUAAUUAAUAAACCUGGCGCCCCUGCGGGUAAAAGUGGAGCACAACCGGAACAAAUUAAAAAUGCCCUAGGAACAGCCUUCGCAGCCCGAGGCUUCAAUGUGGCGACCGACAAGGACAAGCAGGACGGUGAACUGCAGAGAUCUGAGAAGACGACAGGUAUAAAAAUUCAUGAGAAUCUUCUCAGCAAUAAUCUCAUCGACGUUUCCGCCAUUACAUCCCUUGUUGAGUGGGCGACUGGUAAAAAAAUUUCUGCUUCUUCCAGUACUACGCACAAUAAAAUUAAUCUCUUCGACUAUGUUGACUUCCUUCGCUCUCUUUUCCGAAAGUACUACAAUGUAUGUCAACAUAUACAUAUCGAUUCACCUAAAGCACCUUCCAAUAUCUACCAAAUGCUUCAGUGGCUCUCCGGGUUAUACUUUAAUCCGAUGUACGAUAAAAUUAAUGUUUACUUCAGUAAUCUGUUUGACGAAAAGACAAAGCAAUUGGAUGUAGUUACGCCAGACCCGCCCACAUACGCAAAAAAUACAACUGUUAAAGCCACCCAAAUGACCAACGAACUUGUACAGGUUUGCUUACGGUCACAACUUACGCUAGUUGCCAUACUAGGUCACGGUCACGCCGACGGCCGUUACGCCUGCGAUUUCCGCACAAACUUAGACAAAUUAUUAUAUCCAUCUAAUCCAUCUGCCUGUUUUUACAUGCUUGUAGACAUAUUGAAGAGAGUAUUUCAUCAAUUACACUUCGUAUAUAGCCAGUGUCGUAACGGCCGCAGUAGGGGUGGUUGGCGUGAAUGCCACUACGGCAGGCACGUAGGCGGUUCAUCAUGGAACUGCAAUGAGAAGCAGUGUGGUAACCAAGCGUGCAAGCUAAGUGGUAACCAAAAUGGUAACCUAAGUGGUAACCAAGCAGCUAACCAAAUGUGUGACCAACAUCCUAGCUGCGGCAUGAAAUCCCCUCUCCAAUCGUUCUUGGAAGAUGGUUUACAAGGCUUUCUGCCACAUCCAGUUAUCAAUGUUGGGUGUGGAGUUAUGUGUUCCAUCGGUAAGCACAGGGGGUUACCAUGUAAAACCCCUAUGGGCUUUAGCGAUAUUGGUGUCGCCGCAUCGCAUACCAAAACGGGCGACCAUCUCGAGGCCGCCCUAGACUAUUUUUGCGGCAAAUCUAAUACACCAGUAAGCAGGCUCUGCAGUUACUUCAUCUGUCUUGUGAAUACACCUCCACAGACCCUGGGUGAUAUGUUUGCAUUCUACAAUAGAUUGCUCAGGUACUGGGGUGACAAGAAUAUUGCGUCGGUGUAUAAGAGUGUUGCAUUCCAUGAGGCUGUGAGCGCCGCCAACUUCGGUGAUACGGCAACGACGUUGGACAUUACAUCCAUUCAAAAACACAGUACACACUCUAGCAAUACGCAUGAAAAAGGUGAUCUGUUCAGCCUCAGUAUAUGUAAUGCAAAUGAUAAUCCAGCUGUCCCGUGCGGCCCAUAUUUGCAGUCAAUCGACGCUGAAAUCCGACACACAUUCUCCAAGGAGCACGCCGACAAAUAUCUAUCAUGGGUCGUAUAUGUCACAGAAACAUUUUAUGACCUGCUCAAAAAAUUGUAUGAUGAAUGUUGUGCAAGGUGCAAUAAGCCAGGAACCAGGUGCCACGAUAGACGCUGUGGCGACAAGUGUACAGUGAACAGUGCUUACAGCUCUAAUACUACUUACAAACAACUCAGGGAUUUAAAACAUGAAGAUAUAUGCACUUCCAUUGUCUCAUGUCAAAAUAUGCAUCCUACACUAUAUGCAUACGGUUUCACCUUCGGAAGCCCACAUGGACUGAGUGGCGAGAAGAAGAAGGAAAUGAAGCGCACAUGUCAGGAUUUCUGCAGAACUUUCGAGAAAGUUGUAAAGGACGGUAGCGUUCUCUAUGACUUAGUGCACAAGCAUAUUCCACAAUUCCUUUUCGAUAUUAGAGAAAAGUUCAUAUGGACUCUCGUAGCCCUCUGGUCGCUCUCGCUCCUCUACCUGCUGCACAUCGCCGUCGUCCGCCUCGACGUCCUGAGGAUACGCUCCCACUUAAAAUCACCUUCAAGCCACAGGGUCGCCGCCCAGUCGCUUAUCGCCGCCGCACGCGUCAAAGCACUCGCCAACGUCAAGUACUUCUCACCAUAA